GGUGGUGGACUUAUAGCCUAUUCCGAGGCAAACGUAUCCUAUGGCACAAACGGUGUUGUUGAAACUGGAACCAGGAAGAAGAAGGUGGUGCUGCUCGGAACUGGAUGGGCCGGAACCAGUUUCUUGAAGAAUUUGAAUAAUUCCCAGUAUGAGGUUCAGAUUAUAUCGCCUCGAAACUAUUUCGCUUUCACUCCCUUGCUACCUAGCGUCACUUGUGGAACUGUUGAAGCUCGCAGUGUUGUUGAGCCGAUUCGAAACAUUGGAAGAAAGAAGAACGUUGAUACGUCUUACCUGGAGGCAGAAUGUUACAAAAUUGAUCCAGCAAGCAAGAAAGUUCACUGCCGAUCCAAACAAGGAGUCAGCUCGAAUGGAAAGAAAGAAUUUUCUGUUGACUAUGACUACCUUGUGAUUGCUACUGGAGCUCAGUCUAACACUUUUAACAUACCUGGAGUGGAGGAGAACUGUCAUUUUCUGAAAGAGGUUGAAGAUGCCCAGGGAAUCCGUAAAACUGUGAUUGAUAACUUUGAGAAGGCGAGUUUGCCAGAUCUAAGUGAUGAAGAGAGGAAGAGAAUCCUGCAUUUUGUGGUUGUUGGUGGUGGGCCAACAGGAGUUGAGUUUGCCGCGGAGCUGCAUGAUUUUGUUACUGAGGAUCUAGUCAGGCUCUAUCCUAGAGCUAAGGAUUCAGUGAGAAUCACGCUCCUGGAGGCCGCUGACCACAUUCUGACCAUGUUUGACAAGAGAAUCACUGAGUUUGCAGAAGAAAAGUUUAGCAGAGAUGGUAUUGAUGUGAAACUUGGCUCCAUGGUGACCAAAGUGAAUGAGAAAGAUAUAUCUGCUAAAACCAAAGGAGGAGAGGUUUCCACAAUUCCGUAUGGAAUGAUUGUCUGGUCAACUGGUAUCGGAACUCGUCCUGUGAUCAAAGAUUUCAUGAAACAAAUUGGUCAGGGUAAUAGACGUGCUCUGGCCACUGAUGAAUGGCUUCGCGUUGAAGGAUGUGAUAACAUAUACGCCCUUGGUGAUUGCGCAACAAUUAACCAGCGAAAAGUCAUGGAGGAUGUUUCUGCGAUAUUUAGCAAAGCAGACAAAGACAAGUCUGGGACACUGACUCUGAAAGAGUUUCAAGAAGCAAUGGAUGACAUUUGUGUUAGAUACCCACAAGUGGAGCUCUACUUGAAGAGUAAACGCUUGCGUGGCAUUGCGGAUCUUUUAAAAGAAGCCGAAACUGAUGAUGGUUCAAAGAAGAACGUCGAACUGAAGAUCGAAGAAUUCAAAUCAGCUCUUUCUCAGGUUGACUCACAAGUGAAGUUUCUUCCAGCUACCGCACAGGUUGCUGCACAGCAAGGCACAUACCUUGCGAAAUGCUUUGAUCGUAUGGAAGAGUGUGAGAAGAAUCCAGAAGGUCCCAUUAGGAUGAGAGGAGAAGGUCGUCACCGUUUCCGCCCCUUCAGGUAUAGGCAUUUGGGACAAUUUGCACCAUUGGGAGGAGAACAAACGGCGGCACAACUUCCAGGGGAUUGGGUUUCUAUUGGACAAAGCAGCCAGUGGCUUUGGUAUUCCGUCUACGCCAGUAAGCAAGUGAGCUGGCGCACGAGGGUCCUAGUGGUUUCUGAUUGGAUGAGACGUUUCAUCUUUGGUAGGGAUUCAAGUAGCAUCUGA